GUCGGCGGUGGCUGCUGGCUUGCUCGCUCGCCUGGCUCUCGCCUCCUUCCGCGCUUGUGCCAGGGCGGGCCUGCGGAAAGGGGGCGGCGGCGGCGGCGCCAGCGGCGGUUCCUUGCGCUCGCUGCCCAUUGGCACCGGCAAUGGGAUCCUGAACCCCAGCGGAGAUCGGGCAGGACCAGUUCGCUACCCGCUGCGGGGCGCCUUUCUCGGCCACUUCGGAAGGUGGCGGAGAAGCUUUUCUUCUCACCCGGCUGCCCGUUCCCCUUGAUGCGUGUCUCCCCCUUGGUCGUGAAGAUGAAACCGUCCGCGGGGAGCGCUUCCAAGUGAACUGCGCUUCCAAAGACACGGAGGGGACGGAUCUUGCUCACGGGCCCCUCCGAGCGUGUCCAGGCAGCUCCGGAUCGCGAUGGGUCUCGAAGUGCAGCCGGUCUCCCCCUCGAAGCCGUCCCUCUCCAAGCUAAGGAAAGUUCGCAAGAGGCGGGAGAUGCUGUUGCAACAGCUCGGCUUCAUCUGCGCGAUCCUGUUCUUCGUGUGGUGCAUGGCCAGUCUGCUCUCCAAGCUAGGACAAGAUUCUGCUAUUGUUGAGAAGAAUGUUCUGUCAGAAUUAUGGAGGAAUAGAAGAUUGAUGGCAUCAAACAAUGAGUCACACGAAGAAAAGAACUGCACAGAACCAGCAAUUCAUGAAUUCCCUGAUGAUUUGUUCACACACAAGGAAAGGAAGCAAGGAGCAAUAUUGCUUCAUAUUUUUGGUGCUCUGUAUAUGUUCUAUGCCUUGGCUAUUGUAUGUGAUGAUUUCUUUGUUCCAUCUUUAGAGAAAAUCUGUGAGAAACUACAUUUGAGUGAAGAUGUGGCAGGAGCCACAUUUAUGGCUGCAGGGAGCUCAACCCCAGAAUUAUUUGCAUCUGUCAUAGGUGUGUUUAUCACUCAUGGGGAUGUAGGUGUUGGAACCAUUGUUGGUUCAGCUGUUUUUAAUAUACUCUGCAUCAUUGGCGUCUGUGGAAUCUUUGCCGGACAGGUGGUACGUCUUACCUGGUGGUCUGUGUGCAGGGAUUCUGUCUACUACACCUUGUCUGUGGUUGUGCUUAUUGUGUUUAUAUAUGAUGAGAAGAUUGUAUGGUGGGAAAGCCUUAUACUCAUCAUUAUGUAUUCAUUCUAUAUACUGAUCAUGAAGUACAAUGUGAAGAUGCAGAACUUCUUUACUAUCAAAAGUAUGAAUGUUGGGAACGGCAACACAGUCAACAGUGAACUGGAAGAUGGUAAUGACUCUUAUGACUUUGAUCAUGAUGACCCGACAAUACCAUUGUUGUGGAAAGUGAAGGGAAUGCAACAAUAUGGCCGAAAUUCCGUGGUGAUGGUCGAUGAGAUAAUUUGUUCCAGUCCUCCGAAAUAUCGUUUUCCUGAAGCUGGCUUGCGAAUAAUGAUCACAAACAAAUUUGGACCAAGAACCAGGCUACGGAUGGCAAGCAGGAUCAUUAUUAACGAGCGCCAGAGAUUAAUCCAGUCUUCUAAUGGGAAGCUCAUCCAGAAUGGGAAACAUGAAAAUAUUGAAAAUGGGGCCAUCCACAUGGGUAACCAGGAAGAGGAACAUGAACAUGUCAACUUAUCUCCAUUUUCACUUCCAGAAGGAAAAAUGGAAAAAGUGAAAUGGAUUCUGACCUGGCCAUUGAUAUUCAUCCUGUUUUUCACCGUUCCAAACUGCAGUAAACCACGCUGGGAAAAUUUUUUCAUGUUGACCUUCAUCUUAUCCACCCUAUGGAUUGCUUUGUUUUCCUAUUUUAUGGUGUGGUUGGUUACAGUGAUUGGUUACACUCUAGGGAUACCUGAUGUUAUCAUGGGCAUUACUUUCCUAGCUGCAGGAACCAGUGUACCAGACUGCAUGGCCAGUUUAAUAGUAGCAAGGCAAGGCUUAGGUGACAUGGCUGUCUCCAAUACAAUAGGCAGUAAUGUGUUUGACAUUCUUGUGGGCCUUGGAGUACCCUGGGGUUUGCAGACAAUGGUGGUUAAUUAUGGCUCAGUUGUCAAGAUAAAUAGCAAAGGAUUAGUUUAUUCUGUUGCACUUCUUCUCGGAUCUGUAGCUCUAACUGUUGGAGGGAUCCACAUAAAUAAAUGGAAACUUGACAAAAAACUGGGCAUCUAUGUCCUCCUGCUUUAUGCCAUCUUCUUGUGUUUCUCAAUACUGAUAGAGUUUAAUGUCUUUACUUUUGUCAACUUCCCAAUGUGCCGAGAAGAGGAAUGAAAGAAACAGCUGAGAGAUUUCAUCUAGAUCCAUUCUGCUAUAAAUGCCAGGGGACAUUUUAUAGCUCCACCUGCUUCUCCAAAACUGUGUGUCUUUUUCCUGCUUCAUCAAUUUACAAGCACUUUCCCUCUACUUGGAAAGAAAACAUUGUUUCUUCGAAUAACAUGGAGGCUUAGAGCAACCAAAGCAUUUUCGUCUUCUUUUUCCUCUCGGAUAUUCUGAAUCCUUCAUGCAGCUCUGUGGAUCUCAUACAGAACUUAUAAAAAAGCCCCCUGGUAUCCUGUUGCAGUUUUCAGAUUUUUUUUUAAGCAGGUGAUUGUCAUCAACAAUCAAGUUUGAGAUGAAGUAUGGGACAGCAUCUCUUCUUCCUUUGGAGAAUCUAUGGCUUUCCAAAUAAAAAGGAAAAGAAAAUGAGACAGGAUUUGAUCUUGACUCAUUUUGAGCAUCUCAUUUAUGAGGCUGUAAUGUACUUCUUAUCACAUGCGCAACUAAGGACACUUCUCCCUUCAAGUGCUCUGUUGAUAGAGAACUUUCACUGAUGCUGAGGAGUACUUAGAGGUGCUCGUUAGUACUUUACCACCCUUCAUAAAAUUAUUUAAAAAUAAUGGCUUGAAAGACAUAAGAACAAUCCCACCCAUAACAAGGAGGGAAAAGAUAAUUCAAUACUGCUGAUGAUGUAGUUCUAACCACCACCACAAAACUCUAAAGUCUAAAAUACAGGAAACUGGAUAUCCAUACUUGAAAACAGCAACUAAACAAGGAACUGUUGCAAAUAUAAAAGAGUGACUAUAUAUGGAAUGUUAAGCUUUCGAGUGAAAAAAGUUGUGCCAGCACCAGUUAGCUUAUUCACUGUUGUUAGAGGAAAACUGAAAAAUAACAUCCUGGGUGCUCAGAAUCUGGUUUUGGAGGUAGAUCGUCUGAAAAAUGUAAGUCAAAUCCAAAUGCCUUCCAGGUCAUCAUAGAUGUACGAUGGAUUUGGAGGUGUUUUAUAUGUGGGUGUGGGUGUAGGUGUGGGUGAGCUCACGUGCCCCACUCAUCCUCUAAAUAUAAAAAGAUUGCUGCGCAAUCUCCAGUUUGUUGAUGUUCCUCUGAGAAGAUGAGCUUCCUCAGUGCCCAGUGAAAUAGUUAAACAAUUGUUUCACUGCAUGCUUCCAUCCCAACGUUUAAAGGCAGGCUCAUAUUAGAGCAAAUGCUUUGGAAAAUUGGAUCCUGGUGAAAGCAGAACUUGAAAAAGUUAUUUUUUUGGACUACAGCUCCUGCCAUCCAACUACCAACCCU